AGAAGUGCUUACACACCAUACAGCAGCGCUUCACUGGCAACUCCAGCGGAGAUCACUACUUGUAGAUGCCGACGUCCACAUCGCGCGAUCCCGAAUCGCGCCGCCGCACGAUCGAGCCAUUGGCUGCACCGCCAGAUUACCCCAUCUUUGCACUUCGUUACUGCAGCCGCCGCACGGAAUCGGCGCCUUGGCUUCUCUGCGGGGGCCAACUUCAGCCUUCUUCGACGCGCUCUUUGCGCUGACUGUUUCGUUCCCUUCGCUGCCGGAAUGACGGCUCGGUCGCGCAGCCACAGGCCAUGGCGCCCUCACUUCCCAAUUUGCAUCGCGACCCUCCAGCAGCUCUGCACCAAGCCUCACACCGCCGAAGAUGAACGCCCACACGCGCUUCGCCCUGCCGAUGAACACGCACGGCAACCUCAAGUACCUGACCGACAAGACUCUGGCCAACGCCGACCGCGCCGACAGCCAGCCCACCAACAAGCCCACCACGGUCACUAGGCCGAGACGCGACUCGUCCGCCUCGAAGCUCGCGCAGAAGAUGAAGAUGCUCUUCUCGGACAAGAACGCGAAGACAGCAGCGCCGACGCCUGAGGAAGAGGCCGCGGCGAACGAGAGGAAGCGCUCGACUAUGUGCCGGCUCCUCGGCGCGCACGCAUUCGAGCACAUGGGCCGUCGUCGCUAGUGCGC